UAUGAGAAUUUUCCAGUUGUUUUAAAAUGUUUAUAUAAUUCUAAAGAAAUUACAUCCGAUUUUUUAAGAGAAAUUGAAACACAUAUGAUUCUUUCAAAAUAUAUGGAUAUUAUAUCACUGUGUUUUGGCAUUACUAAAGAUCCAAAAUCUGGAAAUUUUAUGAUAGUAAUGGGAUAUGCAAAAGAUGGUAGUUUAAGACAACAUUUGAAUAAUAGUUUUAAUUCAACAAAAUGGAAUGGAAAGUUGAAUAUUUUACAAAAAAUUGCACAAGGCCUUGAUAGUAUUCAUCAAAAAGGGUUAAUUCAUCGUGAUUUUCAUUGUGGUAAUAUAUUAAAAGAUAGCAAUUUUAUUCUUAUUACUGACUUAGGAUUAUGUCGACCAGCAAAUGUAAAAUCAUCUCAAAAUGAAUGUAAAGAACUAUAUGGAGUAUUGCCCUAUGUAGCACCAGAAGUUUUAAGAGGAAAAGGAUACACUCAAGAAAGCGAUAUUUACGGAUUUGGGAUUGUUGCAUAUGAAGUCUGUACAGGGUUUCCUCCUUAUCAUGAUAUUAUUCAUGACGAAGUCUUAGCUAUUAGCAUUUGUAAUGGACUUAGGCCAAAAUCAAAUUACAAAAUUCCCCAAUUAAUUUUAAACAUAAUUGAACAAUGUUGGGAUGCUGAUCCUUUAAAACGACCUAAAGCAAAUGAAUUACAAAAUUUAUUAAGCAAUUUAUGGACGGAAUCAUAUUAUAAAAAUCAAAUCACAAAGCAAAUUGAAGAGCAAAUUGAAGAAGCAGAUAAAAUUAAUAAGAAGUUAACUUCUUCUUCAUUAUUAUAUGAUACUGGACCUACUCUUUCAUAUACUACAAAUCCUAAAGCAGUUUACACAAGUAGACUUUUAGAUUAUAAAAAUCUUCCAGAACCAAAAAAUGGAGAGUAUUCAGAAUCACUAGAAGCAAUAGAUUUUACUAAACUAGACGAUAAAAGCAGCUGA